AUGGCAUUGGAAGAGGAGAAGGAAAGGAAAUCCAAUGAGAGGACGGUGAAGGUUCUUGAUUUGCCAAACUGGAUGUUUCAGAACCUCGUCCAACUUAGUUACCGAAAAGUUCCAGAGCGUGAAACGUACAGCAAACUCAAACAAAAUGAGAGAUUUCCUCUGCUCGGGAGUCGAUUCCUGGUCAUGCACAGCAAGUCUGACCGAAACACUAAGCACGUAGAAAUGGGAUUCCUGUGUUUGCUCUGUCAGAGGACGUUGUCGGGCGAAGAAUGUCACGCUCAUGUGUUCAGUCGGGAACAUGUUGCAAGAUUUCUGGACCGUUUCCACCCCGGCUCCCUGACUUCGAGCACUGAUGCAGAGACUUUAAUGGACUUGGCAAAACAGGCGGGGCGUGUUCACACCAUAUCACAUAUCCAGGUAAUAAAGUUAGACAUGCCCAUCUGGGAGCCAUACUCCUACUCUACUGCAAUAACCAUCCUGACAUCUGCAAAGUGGAGAGUUGGAAAAGCAGAGCUUGAACCCACAAUUAUUCCUAAACAAAAGCUGGUCCCCAGAGAAACUCUGAAAGAUGUCAACAAGAACCAUGUGAGAGACAACAGCCAGAAAAACGUCAGGGUGAUGGAGGGCUGUGAGAACACGACGAGUCAAAAGACCACAGACACCAGUGAGACGAGCCCGAAAAGGAUUUCUGAAGAAGUUGGUGCUAAAGUCACCGAUACACGUUGUUUACAAAAGGGUGACGAGAAGGAAACUCCUACACCAAGUGAAAAAGGAUUGGAGAAGAGAGGAGAGGUGUCUUCAAGAAGUUCAGAAGAGAUGAAGAAAGCAGUUAGUGAGACAUGCCAGGCAAUAAAGAUGAAGAAGAUGGACGAGCCUGCAGCGAGUGAGAUGCCACAAAGCUGCAAGAACACGGACAAAGAGGCUGGAACGCCGAUUGGAAAAGAGAAGAGCAAAAGUGUCAAAGAUGUCCUGAACCAGAAGAGGAUAAUCUCCUGUCCUGUUGAGGAUGUAAAGCAAGAAAUAAGCCAUAAAAUGGAGCCGCUCGCCUCCAGAGAAGACGCAGCUCGUGAAGAAUCCCAAAACCUGCCAAGUAGCGGACAAAAGCAGGGGACCCCGACAGACGAGGGAGAAAGCGGCAAACCAAUUCACGAGACGGAGAAGGGCAAAGAUCUGUUGUGGCAGUAUCUCAAGAGGAAGACUCGAGAGCCCGUGGUUGGCUUAAGUGCACUUCUUGAAUGCCAAUGUGAUGAGCGUGACCCCGUCUACCUGUGCGAGUGCUGCUCCCUGAAGAUCCCAGAGAAGGACGUCAUCAGCCAUGUUACCGGAGUUGAACACCAGAAGAUAUAUCUGGGGGGGUUAAAGAAACUGCCACCUCUACCACUGAUGCACCAGGAGAAGAUGAUCGGAUAUUUUGCUGCUAUGUUUGAACAAGAAAAUGGAUAUGGAGAAGCUCAGGUUGUUGAUCUGGAUGAUGAAAUGUACAAUAGCCUCUCAAAACAAAGCUUUAAAUCAGCCAUACAGACAGUGAAGGUGCUUCAGGAUCAGCAGGACGGGGGGCCUGGACUCCCUUCAACCUCAGCUCUGUCUGGUGUUCAACCUGUAGACACAUCAGUCGGUCUUCAUGCUCAACCUGAGCUCUGUUCUGUAGAGGACGACUAUGAGGUGGUGGAGAUGGAGAUCGAUGAUGAUCAUGAAGAAUCUGAGGCACAGCCACACUCGGAAACUACAGCCGCAUAUGUGAUGACUGAAACCACGUGCAAAACAACCGGAGCCCCCCCUGAAUCAAACGAAGGUGUCAAAAUGACCCAAAUCAAAGUUGAGUCAGCUGACAACACUCACACCUGCCGGACUGUUUCCAGAAGUAGUGAGGUUAAAGCUGAAAUCAUUAUUAACACAAGUGUGGCACCAGUAAAAACCGCCUCCACCUCUCGUGCAGCCAUCUCAAGUACUGUAGCCAAAGUUACAGCGACAACUUCAUGUAAAGCCGCCACAGUCGCUAACAAAGAGUCCACAGUGGUGCGUGAAGCCGCCUGCAGAACUGCACCUGCGUCCAAAACGAAAAACACAUCUAAACCUGAAGCCGCUGCUAAUAUGACUAAAAUGUCAGUUAAAUGGGAUAAAACUGAAGUCUCUGUCACGGUCACGCAGCUGAAGAAUUCAGUGGGGUCAACAGUCGGUGUUGCGCCGAACGUUCAAAAGAGUAAAGCACCUGCAGCUCCCAACCCCAACCCCAACCCGACCACGACCAAGAAUCCGCCCACAGAGCCGUCCCAUAACUUCACAAGUACGAAAAGGCCGAGUGAAAACCCUCCUGCAGUUGCUGUAAAAAGACUGAAAGCAAUUGUGAGACCCAGAGACGUGCGUGUCUCAUCACCCUCCACAACCGAUAGUACAGAGGUUUUGAGACCGCAAGUGACCUUCGCCAGUCCAGCUUCAAGCCCAGCUGACGGGAUGUACGUGCCACAUAACGAAGAACUUUCUCCGGAUAACCAAUCGGAGCAGGAGAACGAACAUGGCCUCCAGACACUAUUGACUAGCAUUCUAGACGCAGGCGUUGCAGUCAAAAUGGGGAAACCACAGAGUUAUGCGAUUCCUCUCGCCACUGGCUCCGAAGGCAGGUUCGCCCAAACCCCUGGUACGUGCAGAGACGCCCCCGAGAAGAGACGACCGCAGGAGGGACGUGAUCCAGAGCUACAGGACAAACAGGACAAAGGCUCUCGGGAAACGGCACCUGUAAAACUCUUCAACCCGGACCCGCUCUCUUCUGAUGCUACAGGGAAUAGAGAACGGCAGAACCAACCCAGAUUCAGCCUGAAACCAGAACGUGUAUCAAGUCACUCACAAGCAGUCGCAAUCAUUUCAAUAGGGGAAAGCAGUCAUUUGUCCAGGUACCUGAGGGUGACGGGACUUGACCGUGAACCAAUCAUAGGUCUGGGCUUUGUGUGGGAGUGUCGAGGGAUGUCUGAGAGCCCAUUCUUCCUGUGUGAGAGCUGCAUGGAGAUGAUUUCCCACAAUGACAUCUGUGAACACAUGAUGAGAUCCGCUCACAAGUUAAAAUACAUCCAGAUGUUGCACCAUGACUUUCUGUUCUUCUGGCGUUUUGAGUUUCUUCUUAAAGAGAUGAAACAGUACAUUGUAGAGGGCAUCGUCGGGAGGCUCUCGAAAUGCGAGCGUCACAACAAGGUGGAUGCGCAGUGUAUACUGCUGAGACCAGGGUUGUUUGAAUAUGUUAGGUCUCUUCCGUUCAGUGAAGCUUUAAAAAUGGUUAAAGACAUCAAGAAAGAACCUAAACUCCCCUGGCCUACCACCUGUACUCCAGAACAACAGGGAGCAGGGAAAAAAAAGGAGAAAUAUAAUUCGGAAAAGACUGUUGGAGAUCUGGAUGGGGUCAAACCAAGAAGAGUCUUGAGUCCUGUAGAUGUGGCCAGUGGGUCCUCAAAUGCUGAUGCUGUUGUCUCUCCAGACUCUAGUGCUGGCACAUGUCUCAGUCCCCAAAAGCAGCCAGAAACCAGACCCCCAGACUCUCAGCAUCAGAGGCCUGUCCCAGAAUUGCAAGUGAAAAAGGAAGAGGUGCACUCAGAAUACCCCUCUUCCUGUAUUUUUGGUCCUACAACCAGUCAAACCCCGUCAGUGUCUCCCAGAGAUGAAUGCUCUCCAACCAAGAAAAGACCAGCUGCUGAAUCUAUUGAAACACAGGUCAGAUCUGGCACAAAUGACCCCCAACUCGAGGAUCAUUUGCCAGCUAUAUACAAACCGACAUACAGUAAGCUGAGGCCUAUCAGUCAGCCCAGCCCCGAAUCAGCCUAUGAGCCUACUUCUGUUGACCCUUCUGCAACCUCCACCCUCCUGUCUCCUGAGGACAAAGACGCAGGACCUGGAUCUGACAUAUCCACUGUUGACAGGAGAAAGCUUGCUUGCUUAAUUGCUCUGGUGAGAAAGAGGAAGUCUGAGUUAAACAUUUACCAUUGCACGUCAGCUCCAGAUAACGGUGACACUGCUACCUCCUGCGCUUACUAUACAUCUAAAAGUGGUGUGGAAAGAACAUGGGAUCCAAAGUCUGUGCAGACUACAUAUAACAUGGUUAAUGUGACACACAAUCCACCCUCCACUAACUCAUUUAAGGAGAUGUUUUCAACCGCAGCCGCUCCUGUGGUCUUGGGCCAUGAGAACCAACUCGUUAGCCCUAACUCAAUCUCUGCUAACUUUGCCAACAAAUCCUCUCUGGAGGGCUCCACUUCAACGAGGGGCAACUUUUGGUUCGGAGCGACUGAAGCCAAAACAGUCGGUUCCAUCUUUCCUUCUGCCAGCACCGGAGACUCCAGCGGCGCACAACACCAGAGAAGUGUCGAAGCUCAGAGCAACUUUGGAAAUGCGAACCAGCCCAGUCCCAUCUUCUGUGCAGUCACCAACGAUAACCCACAGCCACGAGAUAACACACAGACUGACAGCACUGGGGUUCCCAUUAACACCAUCGUAACUGCCAGGCCAAACCAUGCUAACCACCAGUUUGUGGACGGCUAUAAUGUACAGGAACACGCUGAGGGGAACCAGGGAAUUCAGGUCACGCACCCUGCAUUCAUUCACAAUCCUACCGCAGCCAACAUUGAAGUCCUAUUCAAGGCAUCUGCAAACUAGGGUUUUUUUUUACUCUCGCUCCCGAUACGAUGGAUGACUCCAUGAAAACUACCUGCUAAACCAUUUGAAUACCAAGUUAUUUCUGCAGUACACCCAUUAAAUAUGGCUCUGUAUUGGUUUCUAGUGGACAUAAUUUAGUUUAGAUAUGUGGCUAACAUAUCACGUCUUUAUCAGAAAGAUGCCGUCCAGAAUGUUGGGCUCUUCACACGGCUCUAAAUUAAAUUAGUUGUAAAUUGUUCAUUGCCAUCUUAUUUUUUUAAUGCGUUUGUGUGUGUUCAUAUACACAUUCAUUUUUUUUUAUGAAGUUGAGGAUACUGGCUGUACAUUUAAUCAUAUUUGCUUUAUAUAUGAAGGAUAAGUUUGUAAACCUUUUCAAAAAGCAGAUUAAGCUACUGUAGCACUUUUCAGUUUUUAACAUUUCUAAUGUAACAUCUUGAGCGGUCACCUCCUUUUUUUUUUCUUGGUCGUUUUUAUAUAAAUUCAUGUUUUGUUCAUUUUAAUAAAAUUCCCGUAAAAAUGCA